CAGUCAGAUUUAAAUGUGGAAAGCAUAAAUAGAAAGCUGUUUGGUUGUCUUUUACACUUAAAGCGGCUGCAUGUGUUAAAUCUAACGUUAGUAUUGCUGGAACACAAUUGCAGAAGUUGUGACCUUGGUAAUGGGAACAGGAUGGUCAAGAAAAAGUAGAAGAAAGGAAAAUCCAAACCGUAGCACAUUACAAAGAAACGAUGAUAGAAAGAGUUGUUCGACGCCUGAUAGCGUGGAUCGGUACGCUGAUGACGAAGGGUGUGACGUAGGCGUGACGUCACGUUUCUGGAUGGUGUCUCCAGAAUGGACAGGCAGCUCGUGCGGAUACCCUGCUCUUGCUUCUUCGACUUUGUCGCUGCCGUCAACAGAUAUAUAUGACAAACUGGAAGACUUUAAACGUCCGCUCUCCAAAUCUCCGAUUCGGACACUUUCAAAUCAGUCGACGCCUCACAAGUUUACUCGCCGUCCUUCAACCGCACCAGGAUUAUUUCAAACGAUUGAGAAUUACACCGAAUGUUGUCUAGAAGGUGAUAAAGUAAAGAUCAAGUCGUCUUCAUCGUAUAUUAAUGAUGACGAACAGAAAGAGGAGAAAAAGACAGCAAAAGAAGUGUCUAACAAGCCGACCGCGAGAGCGCGGCGAAAAGUUGGAUUCGGAAAAGUUAAACGAUAUGGUUUGCUGAAACCGAUGCGAUACAAACCGAAAGUUAAAAGAAAAAUAGAAAAACAGAAGCCUAACGACAACAACACCAAGAUUCUUCUCAGACCACUCAAUUCUACCAAACGUACAACAUUUAAUAAAAGAAUUCAAGUCUACGUUCCUUCGCCUGAAGUUCCAUUGACGUCACCUGACGACGAUUCAAGCAAUGAUUAUGACGCAACAAAGGCGAGAUUGUCGAUUCUUAACUGCGCUCUGUUCCCUUUGUCCCCUGUAAAUUCAAGGCGUCGUAAAACACGCAGUCCAUAUGAAAACAGUUUGGUCCCGAGUUUGAGAAAUUACAGUGCGAGAUAUUACGGUCACCGAAGACUUCCUGCAGCCACGAUAAAUAACAUGGUUGAUCGAUUAUACGAAAGUCGAAGUCGGAACAACUUACAAAAAUCCAAAAACUUUGAAAACAGAAGCAGGAAAAUGAGAAACAAUCAUAUAACCAAAGCAAUCAACCAGACUAUGAAUCGAUUAAGAAAUUUCCAACAUACGAAUUUGUCGCUAUCAGAUCACGUCCAACGAUUGACUGACGAACUAGAAUGUACGAAGCAGGCGAUAAAUGAAAUAUACUUUAUGAUGGGAUGAAACAUACAAGCCGGAACUGCCGUUUUCGCAAUGUGGUGUGAGAAGUUCGUUGGAAACUUCAUAUAACCGCAACGUUUACUGCGCGAUUACCAUGGGGGAAAUGAAACCGAACAGCAGGUUUCAUAGGACAACCCCAAACUCAACCAUUGGAGAAAACAAACAAGGGGCUAACAGGGGAUUAACAGCAACGCAGUUACAGGAUUUGAUAGAAAGAUUAACGAAGCCCAAACCACAAAACAAAACCUGCCAUACCAACUGCACCAAAACGCUUGUCGAACCUGGGCAUGUCAAUAGAUCUAAAACUAGAAAGAUAAAUGACAUGGAAUAUAUGAAAUCGCCCAGCGAAACGAAGAAGUUACAAAACAAAUGCGGUUUAUUAAUCACGAGAAGAAGGCUGCUGAUGCCAAGACGAGAACAAAACACUCUGCUUCGUCUUUAAUAACCUGGCAGGACACAUUACGUGCAAAACGAGAAUUCGAAAAUGUAGUAGCACCCACAGUGCCUAAGAAGACACUGACCCCUACUGAGCAAUUCAAACUGAUUGAGAAGCUCACUAAAGGCGCUAGUGAGAAAGCACCAGAUCGCCGCCGUGUGCCAACCGAAGCGGAAAAACGCUUUGGUAUUGUAUGCUCGCUUAUGUGGA